AAAGGGUUUAGGUUAGGUACCUAGGUAGUUGUAUACAAUUUAUGCGACUUAUUCGACUUAUGCGUGUGGGGUCGUUUGUAGUGGUAAGACAGGUACCUAUUAAAUAACCACUCAGCGUCCACCUGUUGAGCAAUUACCUAAGGCUACCUGGUACCUGUACCUAACGGGAAGCCAAACGGGAACGGAACUUACACUGUACAACAUCCGUUAGCUCCCCCGCUCGUGUUUCGUUUUCGGGUUGUCUUGGUGUUUCGUUUCAUCCCGUUAAAUUCACCAAUUUUAGCUUUCUAAAAAUCCGUUAACGCGCGCCCCCGUAGGCUCCGGGUCCCGUUUCAAUUUAUUUCGUGGCUUCUUUAAACGGGCGGGUCCCAUCUACUUGUUUCCAAGUUCCAUUUGCUUUAGGUACCUAUCCUUCAAUCUUCUUUCGAUCGGCUGGUCCGUUGUGUCAUCUAUUACCUACCUGGUAUUUCCUUACAUCUCGUACCUCAACAAACACAAACUUCACACGAUGGCAGCUGUCGAACCAAACACCCGGAAAAGGGUGCUCAAGGUCAUCUUCAUAUCCUUGCUUCUAGACCUCAUAUCGUUUACUUUUAUCCUACCUCUCUUCCCAAAGCUCCUCGAAUUCUACCGAAAUAGCGAAGCCGGCGACAAUUCACAGUCGACACUACUCGCCAAGAUUCUCGGUGGUCUCAACACGUACAAAUCCGCCUUCGCGAAACCUAUCGAUUCGCGAUACGAUAUUGUCCUGCUCGGCGGUGCCUUAGGGAGCUUGUUCUCUUUGCUUCAGGCCAUAGCCUCUCCCGUUAUUGGACACUUGUCCGACAAAUAUGGCAGAAGGGCGGCGCUUCUUGCCAGCAUGGCUGGAAACAUCCUGUCGGUUCUCCUUUGGGUAGUAGCUGUGGAUUUCAGGACCUUCCUUGCCUCACGCGUUGUAGGUGGCUUGUCUGAGGGCAACGUACAACUCGCUACAGCCAUUGCGACUGAUAUCUCGGACGAGAGCAGCCGUGGCUCGACCAUGGCCCUCAUAGGCGCUUGCUUUUCCAUCGCCUUCACAUUCGGCCCGGCUCUCGGCGCAUACCUGAGUUCCAUUGCAACAGUGGCCGCGAACCCUUUUGCAACAGCUGCCGGCGUGUCUCUGUCCCUGAUUGUGCUCGAGACGAUUUACCUUUACUUCGCCUUGCCCGAGACUCUACCAAGCCAGACGGAAAAGAAGGACACGAAAAAACCAGCGAAGCCAGCCGCGGUGACGCGUACAAACUCCCACUUUCUGCUGAACUUGGUACACUUCGCUUUUCUGCUGUUUUUCUCGGGGAUGGAAUUCUCCCUGCCCUUCAUGACGUACGACCUCUUCCAGUACAGCUCGGCCCAAAACGGCCGACUGCUAGGUUAUGUGGGCCUCAUUGCCUCCAUCUUACAGGGUGGAGUCACCCGCCGACUUCCGCCGCUUCUGACUGUGCGGAUCGGUGUCACUGCAUGCUUAGUGGCCUUCGUCAUGCUCGGGCGUAUCAGCACGAUCGGAUCGCUCUAUCUCGCCGCUACCUGCUUGGCGACCACCUCAGCCACGGUCGUUAGCGGUCUUAACACACUGAGCAGCUUCGAAGCUAACGAGGAUGAGCGAGGAGGCAAGCUAGGCAUUCUUCGGAGUUACGGCCAGCUUGGAAGAGGCUUGGGUCCUAUUCUGUUCACUAGCGUGUACUGGUGGGCGGGUAGAGAAGUUGCGUACGCCGGAGGAGCUUUAGGUAUCUUGGGCGUCACGUUACUGGUAUUCGCCGGGCUCAAGUCUCCUCCCGGUUCGCUGAAGCAGGUCAAGUCGGAGAAGAAGGAAUUAUAAAAAAGUUGCUACUGAUUUAAGCACGCUGUAAUAUAUCAAAAAAAGCUCUCGGCUCGUUUGCUGGAUGAUCAUAGAACAUUAGGAUAAGACUUGUUAGAAUAGCGUUGGAACAAGGCGUAAUCACUUAGUAGUACUUACCUAAUGCAAUGGUUAACCAGGUGCUCAUUAUGCCUCGUCUGGCUUAGACAGCCUAGUACUAACUAGUCCUAAGCAAAAUCCAAUUUUCAGCAACCGUCUUCGCUUUCGCAAUCUUUACUCGAUCUAAU